AUGGCCUGGAAAUUGAUCACGGCAUUGCUGCUCGUCCCGAAUGUCCUGGCAGUCCCAGCACCCGAUGGCUCUCUCUGUGUCAAGACUGUGCCUGAGAAUUGUACCUUGACGUUUAUUGGAGACAUUGGCAGUGCAAAAACCUACGGCCAGCAGAAAUCCUGGUGGAGAAUUGCGCAAAUCUAUGACAACACUUGCAAGCUUAUUGGCAGCCGAGAGAGACGGGAGCCCACCUUCGAGGCUCUGACUGGGAUCGUACCCUUUUCCAUUGACAGCGCUCUACGCUGGACGACGGAUGUGAAGCGCCUCAACUUCUAUGGCGACUACAACUCGAUCAGCUUCCGGUACGGUGCUUACAGCUACGACGGUGCCUUUGACUGCCUGCUGAUCGGCGAUUAUCUGAGCGACAAGGCAGGAGCCAAGAACAAUGUCUGCAGACAUCAGUUCCCAUGCAAAUAG